GGGAGAUAUUUACGAUAAGACCGGCUGUUGGUCGACAUUGCCGUGAAAUGGACAAGCAUGUUCGUUACUGUUAACGGAAGUUGAAAAUUGCCCGAUUUGGAUUUAUUUAUAGAAACAAGUUGAUCUAAACAAUGGCUACACGUCUUGUGGUCAUUCCUGGACCUGGUCUGACCGUAACUGAUUUGGAACCACAUACCCCACAAGAAUCUCAGCGGAAGCUUCGAUGUUUAAAAUGUGCUGACAGGUGUCCAGGUUUGGACACCCAUUACUGGAGAAAAAUAUGUAAGCAUUGUCGAUGUUCUCGAGAGGAUCAUGACCUCCAACCUCCUGAGGAGAAGGAUUCUCAGCCAAUCAAUCUGCUGUUUGAUUCGCUGCCGCGGCACGGCGACCAAUCAGAUGUGUUACAACGGCUCGAGCGACUUAACAUUGACGAUUCGGCGGCCUUGACCCAAAUAUGUGGUCCAGACAAUGAUAUCGUGCUUGCAAGGAUCAUAUCAGAAAAUUUGAGGUCACAGAAAUACAUCGCCAUGCUUCCAAAGGACAAACAAAUGUUUGCUGCUCAGCUCAGGAGAAGACAACUCCAGAAACAACUUCCGCUUCAUGACCUCCACCAGAAAUUUUGUAACAGUCUAUCGGAAACAGAAAUGCAGAAAUUCCAAAAGUUUACGAAUAAAAGGCGAUUAAAAGCAGCGGGCAUCGGUCAGAUACGUGACUUACCAAAAUCCGGAGAACAAAAAUGUCAUCGAUGUUUAAAGGCCGUGGAGAGUGGAGGAAUUGCUGUAGUGGCGGAUCGCAUGGGCAUUGGCACGUGCUGGCAUCCGGGAUGUUUCACAUGCGCAACGUGCUCGGAGCUGCUAGUCGACAUGAUAUACUUCCAUAAAAAUGACGAUAUCUACUGUGAACGACACUAUGCCGAUUCCAUAUACCCACGCUGUUCUUCCUGUGACGAAAUAAUCUUUGCACGGGAGUACACACAAGCUGAAAAACAGACAUGGCACGUGCAGCAUUUCUGUUGUUGGUACUGUGACGCGCCUCUAGCUGGCCAACGCUACAUCGCCAAGAAUGGCAACCCGUACUGUAUUCUAUGCUUUGACAAGUUGUACAGUAAGAUUUGUGUGACAUGCGGCAAAACCAUCACAGCUGAUUCCCCGGGAUUGUCACACGGCGAGUUCCAUUGGCACGCAUGUCCACAUUGCUUCAGUUGUCAUGUUUGCUCACGCAAUCUUAUCAACCAGCAAUUCCUACUGAAAGACGGAAAGCUGUUUUGCUGUCUUGACUGUAAACAGUCGUUUACAGGUCGUCCUAACCACGGUUUUCCACGGGACAUGCAUCCUUAAUGUAAACAUAUUCUGCAAAUGAUCUUCCAUUAAUCUCCAAUUCCGUCUCAUGUUGCGCACGAACCCUUAAUGUAAUCAGAUUUGCUAAUACAACAAGAAUGAACUAAACAUAAACAUACUUGUUGUUCCCUGCCGAUCGUUAUAACUAUAUAUCUAGUUCUCCAAGCAGGGUAGCCAUCCUCAACAUAAUCACAGUUUUAUUACCUAGAGAAAGUUUUAUGUUACAAGUAUAUUGACAUGUAUCAGUGUUUGAAAUGGUAAGCUCAUCCUUUUCUACAUGUAACAAUGGUGUUAUCGAACAAUUCUUAAUACGACAACUUAAACUUAUUAAUGGUCGUAUUUAUGUUGCCAAUAUGUUAAAAUAUUGAACAUUUAAUGAGAUUUGCGUCAGGGUUCUCGGCUUCCCCUUUCCCCUAUAAGUCUCCCCCUAUAGAGACUCUCUUAUAUUUCUGUAGGUCUACAGUAAUUAACGUAUUACCUUCAUACAUCUUGAUGUUACUGAUGCCAGGCGGUUCCAUCUUCACGUGGAUCCUCUAUCCUUGGUUGUUUCGGCGCUGUCCACUACAACCUCCAGAAGUGCGCCGACUAGGGUGAUCAAAUCCUAGCCCGAAACCGUCUAGCCUGUUCCAACAUGUCACACUGCUGAUGUUGUCACAGUCCUCUUGUGAUUGAUGUUGUUAUCACUAAACAAAUGUCACAUACUUCACUCCAAAUCACAAACUCUAUAUUGGAGUGAUUCUGAAGAGUCACACAACACUGUUUUGAUGCCCACGAUUCUGCCCGCUUCCUCCACAGCCACAUUGAUGUUGACUCUGCUUGCUGGCAUACUGAACCAAUCAGGUGCUUCCCGGCUUUCCCAAUGACAACUAUAGUCUUCAUGACUCUCCACAAAGACUGACCGGCACAUUCUCUACAGUCAACCUCCUCUUACGUUAUAUACCAAUAUCCCUUCCUUUAUGAAGUCGUACGAACAACACAAUCUCUAAUAAGUCAUUAAUUCUGUUAUCAGAAAAUGUUAUAUGAAUUUCAUGAAAAAUAUAUUUACCUACGAAUCAUUUUGUUUUAAACAUCGAUUGAGCUCAGUUUCAUUAUGCAAUAUUAAAACAUGUCAGCUUAACGCAUUAGCGAAAAAGAUACAAAUGGUUUUAAAUUGUAAAAUAAUUUUGUAUUCAUUUUCAACAAUUUUCAUUUUUAUAUAAACG